AUGGCGAUAUGGCCCUUUAGUCGCAAGAGCAAGCGGCACACCAUCCAAGUGACCGGUGCCGAAGCUGCCGACCUUCACUCCUCGUUUGUCGAGCCUACCAUGGAACCCACAUUAGGUCGCAAACAAUCCAAACGCCAAACCAACCGCACGUCACGAGCGGAUGCUGCAGACAGCCGGCGCAGCUCAGCCCUCGUGCCUUCAAAUCGACCUAUCUCAUCACUAGACCGCCUUGCCGAUCAUCCACGGGACCCUCCGCCACGUGACCAUACACUCUCCAGAACAGGUUCGCUGUUGAGGCGGAAACCAAGCCAAAAUGCACAUGUCCCGAAUAAAUUACGACGCAAGCUGAGCAAGCGCAAGGCAAACGAGAUCAUGCGCGAGCGUGAGAUCCGUAUGCUCUCGUCCACUCCCAUCGAUAUCCCCCAUCGACCGACUGAUUAUGUACUGGAAACUCGCCGCCGAAAGGCAAAUGGUAGGCGUGCCGACCGGUAUAUGUCUGACAUCAGCCUCUCCAUCCGUGACUCCGCCACCUCCUCCACGUCUGACAUCUCCGACCCAUACACCUACAAGGUGAACGCUUUUGCUGCCUUGACCCCACGCCCCGUCGUUCGUUACGUCGAAGCCCCUCGCCUGCAGACCGCCAGAAGUAAUAACCCGCCCGCUUCUAGCCGGCAAGAGAGAGAGAGGCUCCAGGCUAUGACCAUGUCUGAGGAAGAUUUCUACUAUUCUAAGCGACGAGUGAAUGAGCUCGCUGAUUCUUUAGAUGCCGGGGCUUUGAGAGAGCUGUUGGAUCGCGACCGUCGCCGCCGGGAGAAGAAGCAGGUCGACGACCAGGAAAGGUUGCGGCGUAAGCUGCAGGAGAGGGCUGAUGCUCAGCAGGCGGAGGAACAAAAACUCCAGGCCGCCACCCACGCCGAGCCCCAACCCGAACCCGAAAUCGCCCAACCAGAACCGUCCGUCGCUGAAGUUGCCGAACCUGAGGACGUUGUCCUGAGCGACGAGACCAUCGUUCCUCAUGUUGAAGAACCGACGGCUGUCGCACCGGAGAAUGAAUCGUGGCCGCCGCUAGCUUCCAAGGGUAGUGAGAACACUGGACGCGAAUCCAGGGAAAGCUCUCGCGUAGUUGGAACCAUCGAUGAUAGUUCCGUUCGUGAGCGAAGAUUGGUUCAACGUCCUAGCUUCGCCCCAUCAAAUGAUAUUACCAUGUCCCGGACUACCCUUUCUCCGUCUCAUUCGUCACUUCGACAUGGGCGAAAUAGCCCAAGCCAGUCACAAAUCUGUGCGCCUAGCUCCGCAUCGGACAUCUCUAGAGGGGUUGACUCAGAACGCCGACUUUCCGACACCAGUGGUCGUCGGGGGAAUACUAUCACCUCUCUGUUCCGGCGUGGUUCUUCUCGUCUCAAGCGGACAUAUAAAGAGCGAUUCCACGACACCACCCCCGAAGUUUCCAACGCAUCGCAUGAAUCGUUCUACAAAAUUCAGACCCAGUCAUCACCUCCCCCGCCCUCAAUCAUCCCUCCGAGAAUUCCAAUGCCCACGGGAACCGUGAAGCGCUCUCAAUCCAAGUUCACUGAACACUUUGGCGACGAACCCCUGUCGCCUCCUGAUUCCCGCUUACAGUCGCCAGAUAUCCCGGAGGAAGUUCUGGAGUCCUCUCUCGAAAGGGAUGAGACUUUCUUGCACGAACCAACACCUAGCCCCGGCAUGGACAUCAAAAACCCGAACCGAAGCCAUCAUCGGUCAUGGGCUUCAGAUAGUAUGGACAUUGAUGCCGAUAACGUACCACUUUCCCAAUCUUUGGCUUCAAUCGAUUCUGAGGGAUCUUGGAUGUCCGGUCAGUUUUUCCGUCGGAUGUCACAAAAGCCCAGCAGUCCUGUUCGAUCGAAUUUGAACUCAUUUGGCCGAGACUCGGUGGAGUCCCCCGCAGAUGCCCCCGAAGAGGUUGAAUCACUUGAUGAGUCCCGCCGUCUUAGUAGCAAUGUUCUUGGUGAGCCGGAGCUCGAACCGGAAGCCACAGACAGCUCGGCAAGCAACCCCGCUGAAAGAUGGCAUAACGAGGUCGGUCGCCGUGCUGUUCUGGUGAACCCGGUGGUCCGUCCCAAGUCUACACAAGGGUUGCUUAGAGGAUUCCCUUCUUUGACCCCCAUCUCCGCAGAAGAGGAUUACAUCAUGGAGGAGACAACUCCGGAACUGCGGCGGAUCCCCAGCGCGAAAGCCGAGAUUGGUUAUGCCGAAUAG